AUGCCUUUGAUCAAAGAGCAUGGUCGUCAAUACGACCUUGUCGUUUUUGGAGCUACCGGCUAUACGGGCAAAUGGACUGCCGAGUACAUCACCACUCACCUCGCAACUGACCUGAAGUGGGCUGUCGCCGGCCGCUCAGAGUCUAAACUGCAAGCUGUCGUGGACGAGUGCAAAAAGCGCAAUCCUGACCGGCUGCCACCAGGCAUUGAGAUCGCCAGUCUCAACGACAAUGACUUGAGUGCACUCGCGAAAAAGACGUGUGUCCUCAUCACCGCUGUCGGCCCAUACAGCGUCUACGGCGAACAUGCCUUCAAGGCUUGCGCUGAGGCGGGAACCCAUUAUGUGGAUGCCACGGGUGAGUUCCCAUGGGUUCACAAGAUGAUCAAGAAGUAUGAGGCGACUGCCAAGAAGACGGGUGCUAUCCUGGUCCCUCAGUCUGGUAUUGAGUCUGCUCCCGUGGACCUCGGCACAUGGGCUAUGGCCAAGGCAAUCCGCACCGAAUUGGGAACUCCGACCAAGAAUGUUACCAUUUCUCUGCACAGGAUCAGCUCGACCCCUUCUGGUGGCACUCUGGCUACUGCGCUCGGCCUUUGGGAUAUCUUCACAUUGAAGGAAGUGAAGGAGGCCAACAGCCCAUAUGCUCAGUCUCCUAUCCCCCAUAAGGAGCCCACGAGGCCCAAGGACUCUAUCCUUGAGAAGAUCUUUGGUGUUCGAACUAUCCCUAACCUUGGUCUGAUGACCACUUCUGCCAUGGCAUCGACCAACAUCCCCGUCAUUGAGCGGACCUGGGGACUUCUCUCGGAGACACCGUCUCGAAAGGAUGAGUUCUACGGACCCAACUUUACCUGGUCAGAGUACAUGAAGGCUCGCAAUUGGCUCCAUGGAAUAUUCAUCCACUGGCUCCUACUGAUCGGAGGCAUGUUGGUUGUGUCGAUUCCUCCGUUGAGGGCGUUUCUGAAGAACCGUGUCUUGCAGCCUGGAGAGGGCGCCAAGCACGAAGACACAGAGAACGAUGCGCUUGAGUACAAAUGUAUUGCGUAUCCUGACUCUGAAAAGGCCACAGGCAAGGCAGCUUAUUGCCACAUGUGGCAUCAUGGCGGCAUUUACUACUUGACGGGAAUGCUCCUCGCAGAGAUCGCUGCGACUAUCUUGGAAGAUGAAAUCAAGCUUGAUGGAGGCUGCUAUACGCCAGCCUGUCUUGGCCAGGGCUUAAUUGAUCGAUUGGACGACUCUGGCCUAAAGAUGGAGGUGAAGAUUAUUGACGCUUAG